UUCGUCACAUUUUACAAAAUAUCGUUAUGAAGAAAAGUCUGUUAAAAUUAAUCGGUAUUGUUUUAUGGGCAUCUAACUUGGUGGAGUUUUCGCAUGGAGCUACAACUAUAACUGGAGUUUCGCCAAAAUACGGAAGUAAAAAUGGAGGCACUAGGAUAACUAUAUCAGGAGCCGGGUUUGCAAAUACCCAGUUUAACUUUGGAGCAGGAAAUGAAAAUCUUGGUAAUAAAGUUAAGCUGAUCCAAGGGACACAUGAAUUUGAAUGCGAUAUACAUGUGGAUGGUUGCACGCCAUCUCAGGCCACGUGCUACACAAGACCUAUGCCAGAUGGUGAAUAUACCAUCAGGGUCAGUGUAGAUGGUGUAGAUGUCCCGGAUGCUAACCACUGUAGUGCAGAUGACACAAAAUGUACUUUCGUGGUAAGAUGGGGAAACACACCCUACAUCCAAAAAAUAGAACCUACCUCAGGGGUACCAGGAACAUUGGUAAAAAUUACUGGAAAUAUAAUGACCACAAGAUAUGGAAGUAAUACUCUUACCAGUACAAAUGGCAAAGAAAACAAAAUACUUAGAGUUUACAUCAAUGGUCAGACUUGUGAUCCCAAAGACACAGUUACAGAUACAUUCUAUGGCCUUGCAUUGGAGCCUUCCGAUGGUGUUAAUGGUUACAUAACAUGUAAAAUGGGUGGUUCUUAUGUGGGUAACCAGAACAUCAGUAUCAUUAUAGACUUUGAAUAUGGAAGGUCUUAUGCUAUGUUACCUACAGUAUUACUACGCAGUGAUGGAAAACUUGCAAUGUUACAAACCUAUGCAGAGGUGAAUUCCGUAUCUCCAGCUGAGGGAAGUACCAAUGGAGGAACAGUUUUAACAAUAACAGGAAACAAUUUUGAUGAUACUGAUGCCCCUGUUGAUGUUAAAGUUGGAGGUGAAACAUGCACAGUUACAACCAUGACAGACACAGAGAUACAAUGUACAACACCGAAUCAACCAGCUGCUCAGGAUUCAUAUGCAGGUGGCCGUGGAUUAUUUGCAGAGCAGUGGACACAAACCUCUAUUGAUUUUGCAGACAGAGCAAAUAUUUUUGGUUUGACUAGUUCAGCGGCAGAUUACGUCUCCUCCGACAUUGACAGCAGUUCAUUUGUUACAGCUAACAAAUCUGGUGCUAAUGUAUUGAGACUGACAGGUUAUUUUGUCCCUAGUAUUACAGCACCAUACAGAUUUCUAAUCAAAGCCGAUGGUUAUGCUUCCCUAAAUUUCAGUGCAGCUGGACCACCGGCUGACCAGACUGAAGUAGCCAGAUGUGAAAGUGCUGCUGAAGAUUACUGGACACAUAAUGGACAAACCUCUCCUGAAUAUGAUUUAGUUGCAGGAAACAAAUACUACAUGACAGUCCUGGCUGGAAAUACCAAUGCUCUUGAUAGUGUUAAAGUUGCAGCCAGAUCUCCAAUAUCACCAGUAACUGCUAGUAUGAGUGGAUCAGCCUUCCAGGAAAUACAAAAUAUCAUUCUCAACUCUACUAAAACUGAUGAAGUACAGGAGAUAACAAUUAGUGGCUUUGAUGCAUCAUCAACUUCUAAAUCCGAAGUACAGACCGUAUCUAUUACAGAUAUUGCUCAGCAAAACUUGGAUGCUAAAUAUCGCUUAGGAUUGGAUGGAGUCUUUACAGCUCCUUUGUCAGCUACAGCAGAUGCUACGACUGUGACAAAAGCAUUGAAUGACUUAGCUUCUCUAGCACCAGAUACUGUGACUGUGGCUCAGACUUCUCCGUCAGAUACUUCAGAAGAAUUCACAAUUACAUUUGAUUCAACAAGAGGAAACCUACCUCAGUUGACCUCCAUGGUAGAACCUUCAGGCAGUUCUUUAAACAUUAAAAUAUCAACAACCACACAAGGAGUGUCAGGAAAGGGCAAGGCUCAUCUAGAAAUUGAUGGAGUUUUCUCCCCUGCUAUAGCCAAUGAUGCCACUGCAAGUGAGGUUGAAACAGCUCUAAAAACUAUGUUUGGAGUAAGAUGUCCAUCAUCUAUUGCUGGAUUUGAGACUGGAGUGGCUGCUUAUUUUGAAGACUUUGAAGGGAGUGUAUCAUCAUCCAUGGGUGAAGUAGUUAGUGAAGUUGAACCUCUCUGUGGUCGAUUUUCUAUCAAAAAUCCUAAAUAUAUCUACCAAACAGCUAAUAACAAACUAGGACCUAAAAUUGGAACUUUCAGAGAGUUAUGUUUUGGAUAUCAAGGCAGUAUACAGCAGUUGAGAUUUAUUCAUACUUAUAAAGGUGCUGAGAGAAGCCGCAGUACUUACCUUGAUUUCCAAGGAAAGGCUUCAAAUGAUGUAUGGAAUUAUACUUGUAUGGACAUUGGAACUCCAUUGAUAAACCUGAACAAAGAUGAAUCUCUUCACCGUGUAGAUAAAAUACAAGUUAUAUCAGAGGAGGAUGUUUACAUUGACACUGUUGCUAUUGUAUUAGAAAGCAGUUCUGAUGUUGGAAGUGGAAUGAAUUACCAGAGAUACAGAGCUGCUAAACCAGGAGGCUUUCCAAUGAAGUCUGUCAGUGUAACAAGUAGUGCAGUUAAUCAAUAUCAGGUUACCAUGGAACCAUUCGAAUGUGGCAACAACUUUGAUCUCUUUAAAAUUGCUGAAUCUCAAACUGGAAAGUUAUCUGUUGCUGUUACACAAACAUCUACAGCCAAUCCACCAAUUACUGGUUCUGUUACUGUAGCGUUCGAAGGAUCUACCCUCAGAAUCCCAGUUGACUCUACAGAAGAACAAUUGAAAGUUCUAUUGGAAUCUCGGUUCAAAGAUACUAUGGGACAGGUGGAAGUUGUGCAUCAAGGAGACUGUUCUAACUUUGCUUGGACUAUAACCUUUUUAACCAACAGGGGAGACCAAUCUGAGAUAACAAUUAGUGAUCAGAGCAACUUGAAUGGAGCUAGUCCAAGUGCUAAAACAGAGACAGUAAGAAAUGGAGGUCAUAUGUUAGACACUAUGGGAGGAGAUUACCUAAGGACACCCCACGCUAAACCUCAGGUGGUGGUUGGCAUAAACAAUGUUCCCUCAAAAUGUGCCGGAACUUGUGCAUUUGAGUGGAAGUCUGACAGUACCCCUACAUUUUCAUGGGCAUCUCCUGUUCAAGGUACACAAGCUUUGGGAACAGAAUUGACUAUUGAUGGUAGUGGCUUUAGUUUAACUCAGACUGACAACACAGUGACCAUUGGUGGUGUAGAAUGUACAGUUACAGCAGCAGCAUCAACCUACUUGAAAUGUAAUGUUGGUAAUGGACCAAUGGGACAGUUUCCUAUUCUCGUAAAAGUUGCAGGAAAGGGUCAAGCUUCAGGGUCAAUACAGUUUACAUACACAGCAGAAAUUACUGGAAUAAGUGGACAAACUUCAGGAAGUCUUGCAGGAGGAACUGUUGUAACUAUCACUGGGUCAGGUUUCGCACCUGACGUGGACAUACAGUUUGAUGGGGUGUCUGCUGUAGUACAGACCAGUGAACCUGGACAAGUUGUUUGUCUCACACCAAAGGGGUCCUCAGCAGCUAGUGUUGCUGUAACUGGUGUACAAUAUGGGAACACACUGACUUCACCAACACAAUUCACAUACGACGCUUCCAAGACUGCAACUAUGUCAUCCAUUAGCUCAAAUGAGGCAUCAGUGUUUGGUGGAAAAUCAAUUACAAUUAGUGGAAGUGGCUUUGGAGGAUCAGCUUCUAGUGCAGAUGCAAUUAAAAUCAAUGGAAAGGCUGCUACAAUAACUUCCUACAGCGAUACCAGUGUGAUUGCCACUCUACCAGCCAACGCCCCAGGAACAUACAGUAUUGGUUUUAGUAUUGGAUCUGAUGGAUAUGCAUCAGUUGCAGCAAAUGUUGUUGGAACAGUAACGUAUCAGUUGACUGUGACAGAUAUCUACCCCACACAAGGUUCCCUGUAUGGUGGAAGUCUUGUAACUGUGUUUGGAAGAGGAUUUGGUACCAACGCCUCAUUGGUUGAUAUUUCUUUUGGAGCUUAUAAAUGUCAAAUACAAGAUAUAGCCGAUACUGAACUUACUUGUCUAACAUCAACUACAGCUAAAACUCAUGUGGUUACCAACCAAGGAUCUCAUUCAACCUAUGGUGCCGGUUUUGCCUGGGAUCAGCUGACUUUGACAGUGGAGGAAGGAGAUACUAUUAAUUGGCAGUGGUCACUGAGUACUAAUGGUUACACAUUAGGUGUAUACCAAUCAGAUAAUAUAACUGCAACAGCAGACAAAUCAGGAGGAUUCUCUUCUGGAGAUGCCUCAGCUUCAGGAUCUUAUAAAUACCAUACAUACAGACCAACCUCUUUUACCUACUGGAGUGGUUUAGCUGAUGGAAUAUCUAUAAGUCUACAUGGGCAGGUUGAAGUGACUGGCAGGGUUGAUUCUGUACAUAACCUAGUACUGACAGGAAAUGGAUACGAAGCUACAUAUGAUACAACAAAUAAAGGUUCUACAACACCAUCAAACAGUGGUGCCUGUCCUUGGGAUACUACAGCUAUAUCUUCAUGCAGUGCUUUGACAGGAGAUGCUGACAAGUUCAACUUUAUGUACCAGUCCUGUAUGACCGGUACAGUGUCAUCUAUAUCUAACAACCAGAGAUCAGCAGCACACACCAUUGAUAUAGCCGGCACAGGCUUCAGUGCACAGUCCUGUCAAAACAAGAUCAAAUUGGGAGACUAUUUCUGUGUUGUUUCAUCAGCAUCAGCAACAAAGGUUACCUGUACAAUAGAUCCACAAGGGAAAAUGCAGAUUGGAAAUGUUGAACAUUUUGACGUCUCGUCAUUCAAUCGUGGACAAUUUUUACUAGAGUUACCAACAGAUGCUAAGAGAUCUUUCCUAUUGCUGCCUCAUGUAUCUUCAAUGUCACCAGAGUCAGGAUCAGUAGAAGGUGGGCAAGUGGUUACAAUAUCUGGUGGAGGAUUCAUCCCUGGAGAAACAACAGUCAUUAUUGGAAUGUCUGACUGUCCUGUCAUCUCUGUUGAUUAUUCUACUUUAACCUGUACAUUACCAAGAGCAGGCAGAGAAGGAUUCAAGAAUGUCAAGGUGACAGUCACUGCUAGUGAUGGACAAAAAGGAGAUGCUGUUUGCUCUUCCACUAGCUCAACAUUAUGUUCCUACCAGUACAAAUCUGACGAAACACCAACGGUCACUGGUGUCACCCCAGAUACUAUAUCAGGAUCAACAACAUUGACAAUCAGUGGUACAAACUUUGGAACAGAUACCUCUGCUGUCAGCGUUACCAUUGGAGGAGAGGUUUGCAGUGUAUCAGCUGUCACUGGUACCAGUAUAACAUGUACAGUACCAUCAGCCCCUGUAGGGGAUCAGACAGUCAAUGUUAAUGUGGCUUCAUUAGGAAAAGCAUCAACAACAGUUGUUGUAACAAGUUCUCCUACCCUGACAUCCAUUACCCCCUCUUCAGGCAGUACAGAAGGCAAAACAGUCGUUGUUAUUGUAGGAAAUGGUUUUGUUGUAAAUAAAACCGAGGUCAUCAUUGACGGCAAUCAAUGUGAAAUAGUAACUGUAUUGUUAACUUCAAUAGAAUGUUCUACACCUGCUGGCACAGAUGGCGCCAAAACUGUCACUGUAUUAUCCAAUGGUGUGACUUAUACAUCAACCUUGACCUUUACAUAUGGUACAGCCAUGACCCCAUCUGUCACAAGCAUCUCACCAACAUCAGGACAAAUUGGAGAUACUGUAACUAUCACAGGAACUAAAUUCGACACUGUUACCGGAAAUAAUGUUGUAAAAGUAGGUGGAGCCACUUGUUCUGUAUCUUCUGCAACCACCACAUCUGUUAUGUGUACCUUGGGAGUUCAAUCACCAGGACAAUAUGAUGUUAUGGUCAAUGUUAACCCCAUGGGAAGAGCUGGUUCAUCUGUUCAAUUUACAUAUGCUAUGACAGUUUCAUCAGUCAACCCUACAUCAGGAAGUCUUGGUGGAGGCCAAGUAAUUACCAUUGCUGGUUUAGGGUUUGAUCCUCAAACUUCUAAAGUUAUCAUCUGUGGUCAGGAAUGCACUGUUGAUAAAGCAGCUAGUACAACUACCAAUCUUGUUUGUUCAACCCCAGCUUCUACAGGAUCCGUAACUGUAAGCUGUGAUGUAGAAGUCAUUGAUAACGGACAAACAGCCGCAUCAACCUAUCAGUAUGAUUCAGCAGCCUCACCAUCCAUUACUUCUGUCUCUCCAUCUAUUGGUGGAACCUCAGGGGGAACAACUCUUACAAUUGAAGGAACUGGUUUUGGAAGUUCUACGUCAGAUGUAUCAGUGACUAUUGGUGGAAUUGCUUGUGUAGUACAAACUGUUGCAAAUACAAAGGUUGUCUGCAUAACAGGAGCCAGAAAUUCUGGAUCUACUGAUGCCCAAGUUGAACUACAGGUCAAUGGUGGAGGAAAUGCAAGACAGGUUGGAGCUGACUUUAGCUAUGUUUGGGCAUGGUCAUCUACAAACUCCUGGGGUGGAAAAAAUCCUCCUGUGGAAGGAGAAAUUGUUGUUAUACCAGCUGGAAUGACAAUUUUACUGGAUCAAAGCACACCUAAAUUAAAGACACUAUUGUUACAAGGAGGAAAAUUAAUAUUUGAUGAACAAGACAUUGAAUUGAAUUCAGAAUAUAUAUUGAUCACCAAUGGUGGAGCACUGCAGGUUGGAACUGAAGACAAACCCUUCCAGAGUAAUGCUAUAAUAAGACUUCAUGGAGCUUUUAGGAGUGAGGAACUUCCUAUAUAUGGAAGCAAAGUUCUGGCAGUUAGAGAGGGAACCCUGGAUCUUCAUGGUAUACCAACACCUGUUACCUGGACACAUCUUGCACAAACAGCAAAUGCUGGAGACACAACAAUAACCUUAAUGGCAACUGUUAAUUGGCCUGUAGGAAGUCAAAUUGUCUUACCAACAACUGGACACAGACACUCACAGAGCCAAUCUGAAACAAAAACCAUUACUGCCAUUUCUGGAAAAACCUUGACCUUAGAUUCAGCCCUAGCCAAUAAACAUGUGGCCGAAAGUGAAACCUUUGGUAGUACUACUGUAGAAUUACGUGGUGAAGUUGGUCUACUGUCACAUAAUGUUAAAUUUCAAGGGUCAAGUGAUGUACAGUUUAAUGAUGAAAUUAAAGCCUGUCCAGAAGGAUUUAAUACAGGUGAAUUUACAACACAGACAUGUUUCCAGGGAAGAUUUGGGGAUGAGAUAGGAUCUGAUCAGUUUGGUGGACACAUUCUCAUCCAUCCAGCUGAAAAAGAUAAAGAUUUAGCUGUAGCUAGGAUAUCUCACAUAGAAGUCUCCCAUGCUGGACAAGCGUUCAGACUUGGACGUUAUCCCAUUCACUUCCAUAUUCUUGGCAUCACAACAAAGUCAUAUGUCAGUGGCUGUGGUAUACAUAACACAUUUAAUCGUGCUGUAAAUGUGCACGGCACACACGGCCUCGUCGUAGAGCGCACUGUCAUUUAUAACAUCAUGGGUGGAGCCUUUUUCUUAGAAGAUGGUGUUGAGACAGGUAACUCGUUCCAGUAUAAUCUUGCAGUGAAGGUUAUUGCUAGUACAAGUCUUCUGAACGAUGACAUUACUCCCGCUGCCUACUGGGUAACCAAUCCAAACAAUACAAUUCAACACAAUACUGCCGCUGGAGGAACACAUUUUGGUUUCUGGUAUAGAAUGCAUGACCACCCUGAUGGACCCUCUUUUGAUCCUAACGUCUGUCCCAAACAUGUCCCGCUCGGUGUUUUCCAAAAUAACACAGUUCAUUCCCAAGGAUGGUUUGGAAUCUGGAUUUUCCAUGAUUACCUACCCAAGGCUGAUGGAGCAUGCUCAUCCUCUUCGGCAAUGACAGUGGCAGUGUUUAAUACUCUUACUGUUUGGAACUGUGAAAAAGGUGCAGAAUUUGUUAAUAUUGGUGCUGCUCAGUUGGUUGGUCUUGUAGCAGUACAUAAUGAGAAAGCUGGUUAUGAAGGCAAGUUGGUAAUUGAAACCCCCCAGUUUGAUGAGACUAAUGGUCAUGCUGUUAAAGAUUCAGUCAUUGUUGCUAGAAGUCAGCACCUUGAUAAACAGCCUGAUUGGCGCUCGUCAGGCCAGGGUUGUACAGUUGGUGGAAUCGUUCUUCCCUAUGGAAAUGGAUUGAUCGUUUCCGGUGUGUCAUUUUAUAAUUUUGAUGAAAGUUCAUGCCAAGCCUUUACCUAUACUAAAAUUGAUGGUACAUGUUCUGAAUUUUGUGGAGGUUUUACAUAUCAUUUCAAAAAUAUAGCCUUCGACACUGCUUCAAGUAGUCACAGAGUACGAUUUGAUUGGCUACAUGAAGGAGUAAUGGUGGAUUUGGACGGAACACUCUCUGGACAGGCAGCAGGCAGUUCUAUUGUACCAACCAUGACACAUUUGCCAUCAAGUUGUUCAUCAAUUUCCAAUGGAUUUACGAUGGCUUUACCAGCCAGUAGUUGUCCUCCAGGAAUUAGUUUCCAUAGAAUGUCUUUCAAUGGUAUUUCACCAGCAUCAUUAAAGGGUAAAGAUGUGAUGAUAACAAACCAGUAUGGUACAGAGAGAGGAUACUUUAAAGACAAGCGUAUAACUCACAAAGAUGGAUGGGUCUUCCUUCUCAUUGGAGGUGAAAAUCAUAAAGUGCGAUUUGAGAAUGCUGCCCAUGUUACCAACAUAAGUUAUACAGGAGUUUUCUAUGAAUUUAAUGAUGCCACUGAUUAUGUAGAAGUUUGCCACUUACUUGACCAAAAACCAGAUAAAUUUUAUUGGCAAGGAUCUGCUGCUGGACAAAAUAUGUCAACAUCAGCACUAGAUUUAAGUAGAAAUAAGCAUGGUGAUUGGUUCUUUGACAAUGUGACCAACGACAUGUGCUUUAUGGUUGCUGGAAAAUUACAAAGAAAAAGAUCAUCACCAGGACUAGUUGUCAACUCAGUAGAUAGACCAAUGAAGGUGGACUCAUUCAAAUGUUACUUUAAAGACUGUAUUCCUCCACCAGAUCCUGAUACCAUUCCACCGACAUGUACACGACCGUCAGAUAUCCAAGUAUGGUCAGACACCUCAAUAUGGGAUGUGGAUGCUGAUGGAUAUGUCAGUAAUGUUGGUAGUGGUACUCAUGGACUACCAAAGGCAGGAGAUAUGAAAUUGAAAAUUAAAAAAGAUACAUGGGUUGUUGGUGAUACAUCUAUUCCUCAGUUGGAUUCAUUAGUGUUAGAAGGUGUGUUGGAAUUGAGCCAUGGACCAUCUAAAGAUAGGCAGUUUACCAUUGAUGUGAUGUACCUGUAUAUACAAGGAGGUCGACUGAUCAUUGGAUGUCAGGAGAGCAGUCCUUUUGAGGGCCUAGCCACAAUUAUAUUAAGAGGAGAUCAUUCCACACCAGUUUGGCCAAAGACAGAAGGACCAAAUAUUGGUUCUAAAGCCAUUGCUGUAUUUGGAGGCUUGGAUCUACAUGGUAAAGAUGUGGGUAAAUCUUGGACCAAACUUCAGCAAACUGCAUCAGCUGGAUCCAACCAAAUAGUCCUUUCUGAGACGGUAACUUGGUCUGCUGGGGAUGAUAUUAUUAUUACAGCAACAGGCUAUGAAGUCAAUGAAGCUGAGAAGCAUACUAUCCAGUCAGUGGCUGGUGAUCAGAAGACUAUCACACUUACCUCCAAUUUGGCAUAUAAACAUAUAGUUGCAUCUGAAAGCUUUGCCAAUGGACAAAGUUACAGCAUAUCUGCGGAGGUUGGUUUGUUAACAGGUCGUAACAUUAGAAUAAUUGGGGAAGAGUAUGCUGAUAUAGAAAAAGAAUCGUUUGGUGCACGUGUCAUUGUUGGUGUUACUGCUGAUGCUACAAGAACUUACACAGGAUAUGCCAGAAUAGCAAAUGUAGAAUUUUAUCGUGGUGCUCAAGAAGGGUUUACAGCACCUCAUGAUCCCCGACAUGCCAUUUCUUUCAUGGACAUAGGCACUUUGACAGACAUUAAACCAUGCUAUGUGAAGAAGUCUAGCUUUAAUUAUGUAUAUGGUUCAGCUAUUGGAGUGUAUGGUGUACAUGGUCUUGAGUUACAGGAUAAUGUCAUCUAUAGGACAGUAGGUCCAGGUAUUGAAACUAGGUCAACGGACACAAGAAUAAGACGUAAUUUGAUGGCGCUUAGUCUAUUUAGAGGAUCAUACAAUGGAAGAUAUGAGAGCUUCAACCUUGAUUACAAAGGCAUGAUAGAAGCUAUUGGUGCUUCUGAACUUGUUAUACAAGGCAAUGCUAUCUCAUCAUUUGAACGUGUAGGAUUGCAUAGUCAGGCAGAAGACUGUUCAUCUACAACCGAGCCAUGGACAGACAACACUAUUCAUACAGGGUUGAUUGGUACAGCUGUUUUCCCUUCAGAUACUUCAGAUCCUGCGUUUGUCACAACCGAUCGCUGUCUGCAGUUGGCCAACUUUACUGUGUGGAAAUGUUGGGAUUUUGGUCUAUACUAUAACAGUUUAUUUGAUAUAGUAGUGAAGAAGAAUACUGUAUUAGAAAAUGGAGUGGGUAUCUUCCCAUUUGUUUAUGGACCAAGCGCUGUGGAUCAUAUUUUUGUGGACCAUUACAUGAAGAUUGAAAACAAUUUAGUGGUGGGACAGACUGCUGCUUUUGACUGCACAACAGAUGUUAUUGAUACAAAUGAUGCUAAUUUCAAAAUUUCGGGCAAAUUUGGCCGAGCAUGGAGAGUGAAUGGAAAAGGGAAAGUUGGGCUCAGUACUCCUAACUUCAGUCAGUCAGGCAAUGCUGCAACUAUUAAACCAUUUUAUAAUCAAAUGGCAUAUCAGUCCCUUGGAGGCAGAAUGGAGGUUAUAGAUACUACCUUCGCUAAUUUUAAGAGUACCUGUGGACAAGAUACAGCUGUAGCUACUAACCCUAUGAUGCAUGAUGCUAUUCUCCCGAUGCUCAUGUCUAGAUCUUCAAUGUACAAUGUUGACAACAAAUUGUACAUGGACAGGCCAAAUGUCGGCAAAGCUAACCCUUCUGAUUGUGUAGAUAUGACUUGUGAUGGACAUAGGAAAGCCCUGAUUAAGGAUUCUGAUGGUUCAUUCCUUGGUGCCGCAGGAGAUGCCCUUUCACAGGCAGAAUAUCAGUGGGAUGGAGAUGCACGAUAUGGACUUGGAGACUAUCGUAUUCCUAAACCUAUGCUCACUUAUCCUGAUGGGACCAGAGGAGAUUAUGAUGUUAUUGCCAAAUAUAAGGGUAUAAUUCGUGAUGAUACAUGUCAAUAUAAAGCAGAAUCACAGGCAUACGUAUGCACUGGAUACAACUAUGAACAAAUUGUAAUAGAGAAUAUGGAUGCAGACACAGAAGACAGACGAUUGUCACCUGUAGGUGUCCUUGGCUGGAAUGAUAAUGGGGAUGGCUUUAUGGAUCUGAUUAAUGGACCUCAGGAUCACGGAUGGUGUUCAGGUUAUACCUGUCAGAAACGUCUGUCUACCUUCACUUCUGUCAUGGCAACAGGUCGUAACUAUAGUGUAUAUUUCACAAGUACAUCACCACAACAUCUGAGAUACAGGAUGUUAAAUUCAGACAAUUCCAAGGCUGUAGGCAUAGCAACAUAUUACAAUGUUCCAAACCGUUUGGAUAUUUAUUGUGAUGGUACAUAUGUCUUACCAUCAAAUGGUUACAAAGAUAGUGAAGACAGAGUGUUACUCAAUGCUCCAACAACUUGGGAUGAGUUUAUACCAGACCCUGCAACUGAUGCCUGCGGAACAAACUAUCUGGACUAUGAUUGGAAACACCAACACAUUAUUUUGAGGGGAGCUGGUGUUGUAGAUAUAAAGAUUAAUCCUGUCAUUGUUCUAGGAUUCAAUGUGCCAUCUUUGACUGUCGAUCAGUUUUUCGGGGAUGAUCUUGUAAACAACUUGGCUCUAUUUUUGAAGGUUCCAGCAAGUAAAAUCCGUGUGAUGAAUGUUGUUACAGGGGCAGAUAAGCGACGUCGUAGGAGGAGAUCAACAGGACCAAAUACAGUGUAUACUGUAGAAAUCGGCAAUCAGCCAUGCUCCGAUAUAAACUGUACAUCUACAACUGUUAGUACACUGACAUUCAGUGACUUACAACAACUGGCAGUCACAAUUAUUAAUAGCUAUCAGUCUGGUAACUUGUCCGACAUCCUUAACAUUACAAUAAAUGGAGUAUCAGUAGCGGAGGCCAUGCCACCUGUCACAGAUCCUACAUGGGCUGAUGUGGUCGAGGCCGGAGACGAUUAUGUCUCUGUGCUCAAGAUACCACACACUUUACAUAUGAAGGAGCAUGCCCAACCGGCAUCAGAAGGAAAUCCAUUCAGUGUACAACCUAAACUUCAUAUGCUGGAUGUUAUUGGAGAUCAGAUUACCCUUUUGGGAGCCUCAAUAGCCCCAUGGCAAGUCAGUGUAUCAUUAAAAGCAGGAAGUGGCAGCAAUCCCAGUGCAGUACUGUCAGGAACAACCAAUAUUUCCUUCGUGAGCGGUUGGGCUAAUUUCACUGAUUUGAUGCUAUCCCAUGAAGGAAGUGGCUACAUUUUGGAAUUUACUCUCUCUUAUCCAACCGAUGUUGUAUUCACUGUAGAAUCUUCCCCACUGACUGUAACACAGAGAGGACUGAAAGCUGGAGUAGUUUUCAAGACAGGGAAUAUCUUCGCUAAUGACCUUACCACUGUUACGCUGGACAUUAAAGAUAGCACAACUAAUACUGUUGUAACGGAUAUUGAUUGGAAGGGUCACCGGUGGCAGGUAACAGCUUCAAUGUCUUCACCAACAUCUUUUGGCUAUGGAGGUGCACUGGCGGGAACAACCAUUGGAUCAUUUGAUGCUGCUACUGGGCAAGUAUCACUCAGUGACCUCCGAUUUGAUCAACCUGGAAUGGCCGUCAUUAAGUUUACGGUAGAAUCUAAACCACCAGGAUAUUCAUUUGAAGUAGAAGAGUUUAUAGAGGUGAUACCAUCAGAGUAUAAUGACGUUGUCGAGGAUACCACUAAAGAAAUGAAACUGAAAGUCAAUCAGGACUUUUCAACAUUCGGAACGCAAUCAUUUGGAGCAUCUGUUGUUAAUGAAUUCUUGACAUCAAAGAGUUCCUACAUUAGGGCUAAAGAUAUGGUUCUGUCAGAAGGAAGUGUUGUUAUAACUGUUACUGUGACUGGUAAUACUACAACUGUACAGUCUAUUAUUGAUGAUGCAUGCACUUCAAUCUCUGCUGGAAAUACGUUCACAUACAAUGGUCAGACUUUCACCCUAUCUACAUACUUGACCAUAGAUAAUGUACAAUACUAUGGUGUCAACUGUGGAGAAACUGAUGACGAUGAUGAUGCCAAACUUGGACUACUUAUAGGAAUUGUUGUGUGUGUUGUUAUUAUUAUGGCUCUGCUGGCAGGAUUUAUAUACUGGAGAGUAGUGGUUUAUCCAAAGACCAAAACACACAAACACCACAACUCCAACAUAGAGUAUGUUACUAAAGGAGGCGUGAGACAAUACCAUGUUAAACCCUAUUGUCGAGGACGACAGUCUUUUGCUGUAUCAGGACUAAAGGAUCCCAAAUAUCUCGGACAAGGUGGAAACCCCGAAGACAUUUUGUGGCGUGAAAACACAUUUACCAGCCUAAGAGAGAAGUCAUGGCUACCACCAGAGUUCCAACCACCUAAAUCUACUGUAUUUAAUGAAUAUCCAACCAAAACAACUGUCUUUGAUGAAAAGAAGAAGAAUGCUUUUACAGGACAUGCAUAAAACUAUCACUCAGACAAAGAAUCGGACAAAGAAGUUUUUAUUUUUUUAUUGUUUUUGUUUCUUAUCAUUGUUUUUCUUGUUGUUUAAUAAUAUAUUUACAUAUAUAUCAAUGUAAAUAACAAAAUAGCACUCAUUUUUGAAAAUAAAGAUAAGUUUGAAAGAAAAUUUAUGAAUGAAAAAUAUAUAAAAAAAAAAAAGGUUUUCUUUAUUUCUGAUAAAAAAGUGAAAACAUGGUUUGCUUCUGUGAAAAAAAAAAUAAUAUAAAGAAUUAAUGAGUGAAUCACAUGUUUUCCACAUAAUUUGAAAUCCAAGAACAUAGAAUAAAUCUCUAAACUUUACAAAUCAUGAGAUUGAAGCAGAUUUUAUUAUACUGAUUGUAUAUUUUCCAGUUAGAUGAGUAUUAUCCAAAGUAAAUGUCCUUCUGAAGUAUUUUACUUAAGUAUUAUUUAGACCCAGUUGUCUUAUAAAUAAUAAUUUUUAUGAAGAAAUAACCUUUGUGAUAGAUAAUAAAUAUAGUUAGAUGAAAAUGCAGAUAUUUUGAUUAGGACUAAUAUUUGUAUUAUUGUUGUUUUUUAAACCAAUACCAUUCCAUUAAAUCUUUUUUAUGCUUAGUUAUCUUACAAGUAUCUUGAUAAGAGUCCUAUAAAUUUGUUUUGUUUUGUUAAAUUAUGGGGCACAUGAUGACAGAAUUUGUAAGGUCACUUUGCCAGUUCACCUUUUGUGAAGAUUCACAAUAUUUGCUUUAUAUUAAUGCAUUACAUCUUAGAUUUAGAAGAAAUAAAUUAGGUUCAUAAAUCUCUAAAAGCAGAACAUUUUUUUAUUUCAUUUCUAUGAUAAGACAGAUAAAAUAGAAUUUAGCUCUUCAUUCCUAAUGCUGAAUUUAUGAAUUGUUUAAUGGAAUGGUGUUAAACUGUAGGUUAGAAGUUCUUUAUAUGAUGAUCUGUGAUAAUAGACCAGGAAGAUUUAUACCAGAAUAGGGCAUUGUAAUGAUAGAGGUAUUGGUCCAUUCAAUGGUCUUAUUUUAAAUUGUGAUUUUGCACUUUUCUGUUAUCUUUAUACAUUUUUACUGAAAUUUGAAUAAAAAAAAUCUUGCUGAA